UUAUGGAAUCUUUCUCUAUUUUUAAUCUCUACUUCGUACGUGGAAGGAAAUCAGACCUAAACAACAAGAAGUUGCUUAAUUGUCAACAAAUAAAACCUGAAUCCUCCUUUCUUUUUUAUGGAUAUAUAUAUAUAUGAUAUUUAUCUUGAUGGAAUGACGGUCCUGCGUGUUAUAAUCUCUUGAUUUUAAUUGAGGUUAGAUUUGACGGGAUGAGAUUAAAAAUAUUUCUUUUGAUUACCUUUCUAAUUGAGUUGUAUUCCUUUUGUUUUAACGUGAAUUUUAAAAAAAAAAACAUUUACAGAUGAAACGGGUUAUUCCGAAAAACAAUAUCAAUAUUUUUUUAUUAUAGAUUUCUAGAAAACAAAUUAUACAUGAUCACCCUGAUAUCACUCUUUACCAGCUUCUUUUUUAACUCAAAUUUCGAAAUUUCUUAUACAAAAAAACGAGUUAAUCGUGAUCGACAAAUUUCUUGAAAGAAUUUUCGUGACCACAUAUACCCCCUUGAUACAGGGUGGUAAUAAAUAGUAGUAGAUGUUGGUGAAAUGUGGCAGACAGUGGUUAGUAUAGUCCUAAAUCAUGGAGUUGAGUAGGGGGCAGAAAAUAAUAAAUUAUGACAACAAUUUCCCCUGAUUGAACCUAAAUAUUGGAGGAUGGGGUUACUAGCCCAUAUUCUACUACUUUCUAAUGUUUUCUCAAUAUAUGCAUACAUACAUUAUAACCUUAAAAAAAAUGAUGAUUGUAGCCCCUUCCGAACUACAUAUAGCUCCACAACAGCUAACAUGAUUGUGAACACGUUCUCAUAAACACCCGAGCUCCUUGUGGGUAUCCCUAAAGAAGUGGAAGUUAUAUGUAACAAGAUGGAAUGCUAACUAGAGCAACUUGCAUAACAAAUAAUAACCUAGCUACCUAGCUAGCUAGUGCAACUUGAGAGUUACUUAAUCAUGUGCAAUUUACUAGGAAGAUUCUCUUUGAAUCCCCAGCUAAAAACCCAACUGGGCAACCGACCCACAGUAGUGAAAGUGGAAAAAAUCAUAUAUCAUGGGACGAACAUGGGCUGGCGCCAUGGAUGAAUACUUUUUGAGUGGAAGGCUUACUCCCCCCCUCUUUUUUGACUCUCCCUUCAUUUCUCUCCUCCUCAGCUUUUUCCCCCCUAGACAACCGUCAUAAUAUGCAGCAACCCACAUUCUCUCAUAAAGAAAUGGAAAUGAUAAGAAAGAAAGAAAAAGAAAGCUCACUUGGUCGGUUCUUGGCCACCAAACCAAAAACAACAAAAUAUUUGUAUAAUGUAAAGAAAUGCUAGCUGCUGCACUUCCACCCAAGUAUAUAUAAGCGUGGGUUUGGCCUUUCUGAUUCUGCCUCUCAUUCCAUACCUGAAUUCGGUUAAACUGUCCCCUCUCCCUCUCUCUUUUCCCUUUUGCAACUUGCCAUACUCUACAAUUUCCUUAUUCCCAAGGGUGAAGAGUACUACAAAGUAAUUAACUUGGCCUCCACUACUUCCCACCACCACCCUCUCUCUUGCCACACACAUAUAACAAAAUUUGGAGACGACAACGACACUUCAAUAUUCUUCUUCUUCUCAGUCACAUUAUUUCAAAGUGAAAGCAUGGAGUUUUCUACAAUCGCAUCACUAUCAUUUCUGCUCGUCACCCUUUCUUCCAUGGUAUGCAACAUGGAGGCUAGGGUUCACCACCACCAUAAACACCAUCACUCUUCGUACAUUUCAGCACCCCCGACGCUCUCACCGGAACCUUCAUCGUCGCCGAAUCCGGGCAUUGCCGCUCCUGCUCCUGCUCCUGCCGACGACGUCGGUGCCUAUCCUGAGACUGAGAGAGUAGUGCUUGAUGUGAGGGGAUUCGGCGCAGUCGGCGAUGGACUCACCGACGACACCAAUGCUUUCAAGAUGGCGUGGGAUGCGGCUUGCCAGAAGAAUGGCUCGGCGGUGAUCCUCGUCCCUAAGGGUUUCACAUUCAUGAUCCAAUCCACAAUCUUCACCGGUCCUUGCCAAACCGGCUUGGUCUUUCAGGUUGACGGGACGAUAAGCCCGCCGGACGGACCGGAGGCGUGGCCGGAGAAGAACAGCCGGAGGCAGUGGCUGGUGUUUUAUAGGGUUAACGACAUGUCACUUGUGGGCGGAGGUGCAUUUGACGGCAGAGGACGCAAAUGGUGGGAUCUUCCCUGUAAACCCCACAAGGUUGCAAUAAAUGGGACCAAGCCACACGGACCAUGCGAUAGUCCAAUCGCUAUAAGAUUCUUCAUGAGCUCCAACUUGAGUGUGGAAAGAAUCCGAGUGAAGGACAGCCCGCAGUUCAACUUCAGAUUCGACAAUUGCAAGAACGUCCACAUCGAAUCCAUCCACAUCACGGCCCCCGCUCUCAGUCCAAACACCGACGGAAUCCACAUCGAGAACUCCAAUGGCGUCGGUAUAUACAAUUCGGUGAUCUCCAAUGGGGAUGAUUGCGUAUCGAUUGGAGCGGGAAGCUACGACGUCGACAUCCGCAAUGUCACGUGCGGACCUAGUCACGGAAUCAGCAUCGGGAGCCUGGGGAACCACAACUCGAGAGCGUGCGUGUCGAACAUAACGGUCCGCGACUCGAUGAUCAGAGCCUCCGACAACGGAGUGAGGAUCAAGACGUGGCAGGGCGGGUCCGGAGCAGUGUCGGGGAUAACUUUCAGCAACAUCCACAUGGAUACCGUCCGGAACCCGAUCAUCAUCGACCAGUUCUACUGCCUGACCAAGGACUGCGACAACCAGACAUCGGCGGUCCACGUGUCGGACGUCGUGUACGAGAACAUUAAAGGCACGUACGACGUCCGCAGCCCGCCGAUCCACUUCGGGUGCAGCGACACCGUGCCGUGCACCAACCUCACGCUGUCGGACGUGGAGCUGCUGCCGGCGAAGGGCGACGUCGUUGCGGACCCUUUCUGUUGGAAUGCCUAUGGGGACUUGGAGACGCUCACAAUUCCCCCGGUGUCUUGCUUGAUGGAAGGCGCGCCGGCGAGGUCCUCGCCGGCGGCGGAUGUCGUGGAUCGUUGUUUGUAGCUCGAAGUGGGAUUUUUAGAGUGUCUAAUGGUUGAAAUUAUGGGGUAAUGUAAGUUAGUGGAAUUUCCAAUUGUUGAUUAUCAGACCAUAUCAUAUGAUGGUGGUUGUGAAACUUUUUUUUUUUUUGUGUGUUUUGCUACCACCUCUACAUUGUAUAAUGUGUUUGAUCUAUAAGAGGAGUAAUGUGAUUAAAUUAAGGAUAAUUUAUGUUUAUUAUUUGAAGCGAAUUGCUUUUGUAGCAUGGAAUUAUAGUAGGUAUGGCUCAAACUAACUUUUGGUGAUGAUACCUUUUGGAUAAAAACCAUUUGUCUUGUCUCGCGAACUUUUGGAUUUGUAUUGUUUGUAGAAUUGAGUGGAUUGUGUAAUUAUAUAUUGUUUAUCCUAAAAGGCAAUAAUACAAGACAACAAAAUAUGUAUAGUAUUAGUACAUGCUUGCUGAACACUUUCCUGUAAUUAUAUAAGUGUUUUUCUUUUCUUUUUGUAUGAAGGAGUAGAAAGUGGUGAAAGAAACAAAUGGAGUUCAGUUUAUAGAAAGUGUUUUCUUAAACAGUAAAAGUGACUGUUCUAUUAUGGGUGUGAAUAGCAUCCAAGACUUAAAAUGAAUUGCUAUUUGUAACUAUAAACAAAACUUUUUGUAGUCCUAAAAUAAUUAAAUUACUAUUUUGUCAUUUCUUUUUUUUUAAUUCAAAUUUUCAUAACAAUCCAACCAAACACCUCUUCCCUCCCAGCAUAUGUUGUCGGUUUCCUGUCAGCUAACGUCGCCGUAGACGACAAGUUCUCACCGAAGACGUGCGUUCCCGCCGGAGACGACAGAGAGCAUCGUCGCCGGAGAAGAGGAGAUCAGAGCAGCCUCGUCGGAGAAGAAGACCUAAUCGCCGAAGGUAAGGUUUUCGAAUUAUGUACAAAUGGCGAGGGUCAAUGGCGGUUUGACCAGAUGACGAUGACGCCCAACCCAAACGUCGUCAGCAACCACGCGACGCCUGAUCCAGACGUUCGUCCACGCGGUCGCUGGCGGGAGGUGGCGGUCGCCGACGGCGAAUUGAAUAAGAGUGUUUGUUGGAAAGUCUUUGACUUUUUUCUUGGAAUGUGUGAAUUGCGUGUAUUUAUAAGUGAUGGAUAUUUAUGUCCAUUUUUAACUUUAAGGCUGCAAAUUAAAAAAAAAACUUAGGACUACAAAUAGUACACCCCAACUUAAAAGGUCAAUGACCAUACAUAACGCUACACUUAUCAUUUAUAGAAGGUUUAACUUUUCGUCCAAUUAAUUUUAUCGGUCUAUUUUUUAAGUUAUAAUUUAUUUUUUUCACAAAAAAAUCAUAUUAAUUGUACUCUUCAAAAUGAAAUCCACUUCAAUAUAUUUUGAAACAAAAAAAAAAACACAUUUAUUACUAGUCUAUACCAUGUGGUGAUGCUUGGUAGUACAUAAUAUUAUCUGACGUGGUAUGAAAGUGUAUCAUGAUGGUAUGAAUAUAUAAUAGUGUAGAAAUGCUAAGAAUUAGCCAAACGUUUUGUCACAAGUCAAAGUAAUAGACAUUAGUCUGUUACCUUUAACUAUCUCUUAACGGUCCUCCACCUCAGCUGCCACCUCAUCAAUGAAUAACUAUCUCUUAACGGUCCUCCACCUCAGCUGCCACGUCAAACUUUUCUCGCGUUAUUUUUUAUUAUCCAAACCUAUUGAAUUCCUAAUAAUUGGUCAAAUAUUUUCUAAUGAAUCAAAAUAUUAGUCAUUUUUACGUUAUCGUUAAUAAUUUUGUAACUCUUUCCUUAGUUAAAAUACUAAAAUUAGCGGAAUGUU